GAGCGCGGAGCGGGUUCCGCUUUUAGGAGGACCCCGUCAAAAGUCGGAGCCAAGCGGGAACCCGCGUCCGGGAACAGGGAGUGCUCUGUGCCCCCUCUCUAUGCCACCCCCACGAUGCCCCUGUCCCGCUGGCUGAGAUCUGUGGGGGUCUUCCUGCUGCCAGCCCCCUGCUGGGCGCCCCAGGAGAGGUGGCUGGGUUCCCUACGGCGGCCCUCCCUGGUGCAAGGGUGCCCAGUCCCGGGGGCCUGGCACAGUGCCCGCUGCUGGUGCCAAGUGUGGACAGAGGAGCCUCGAGUAUUUUGCUCCUCCCUCAGAAUGAAUGGAGACCAGAAAUCAGACGUUUAUGCCCAAGAAAAGCAGGAUUUUCUUCAGCACUUCUCCCAGAUUGUUAAGGUGCUGACUGAAGAUGAGAUGGGGCACCCAGAGACAGGAGAUGCCAUUGUCCGGCUCAGGGAGGUCCUGGAGUACAAUGCCAUUGGAGGCAAGUACCAUCGGGGUUUGACAGUGCUAGUAGUAUUCCGUGAGCUGGUGGAGCCAAGGAAACAGGAUGCUGAUAGUCUCCAGCGGGCCCUGACUGUGGGCUGGUGUGUGGAACUGCUGCAAGCUUUCUUCCUGGUGUCCGACGACAUCAUGGAUUCAUCCCUCACCCGCCGGGGGAAGAUCUGCUGGUAUCAGAAGCCAGGUAUAGGUUUGGAUGCCAUCAAUGAUGCUUUACUUCUGGAAGCAUGUAUCUACCGCCUGCUGAAGUUCUACUGCCGGGAGCAGCCCUAUUACCUGAACCUGAUUGAGCUCUUCCUGCAGAGUUCCUAUCAGACUGAGAUUGGGCAGACCCUGGACCUCAUCACAGCCCCCCAGGGCAGUGUGGAUCUUGGCAGAUUCACUGAAAAGAGGUACAAAGCUAUUGUCAAGUACAAGACAGCUUUCUACUCCUUCUACCUUCCUGUAGCUGCUGCCAUGUAUAUGGCAGGCAUUGAUGGGGAGAAGGAACAUGCCAGUGCCAAGAAGAUCCUGCUGGAGAUGGGAGAGUUCUUUCAGAUUCAGGAUGAUUACCUUGACCUCUUUGGGGAUCCCAGUGUGACUGGCAAGAUUGGUACUGACAUCCAGGACAACAAAUGCAGUUGGCUGGUGAUUCAGUGUUUGCAACGGGCCACUGUGGAACAGCGCCAGAUUCUGCAGGAGAAUUAUGGGCAGAAGGAGGCGGAGAAGGUGGCCCGCGUAAAGGCGCUAUAUGAGGAGCUGGAUCUGCCGGCUGUGUUCUUGCAGUAUGAGGAAGACAGUUACAACCACCUUAUGGGGCUCAUUGAGCAGUACGCUGCGCCCCUGCCCCCGGCCAUCUUCCUGGAGCUAGCACAGAAGAUCUACAAGCGGAAAAAGUGACCUAAAGUCUGCAAGGGCAGGGAGGGGAGGCGCUCAAUAAAUUAUUGUGUAAUCUU